AUGGGUAAGCUGUCUCAUGAACUCAGCAAAAAGCUGCAGGCUAGCGACACGCGACCCAGAUCUGAAAGCAACAACAACAUCAAUAACAAUCACAAUAAUAAUAACCACGAUAACAAUAGUAGUAAUAACAAUAACAAUAAUAGUAAUAAUAAUAAUAACAAUAAUAAUAAUAUCAAGAGGGACCUUAAGGAGCGCGUGUCGCCGCAGAGUGUUCAAGUUUUGAAUGACAGAAACCGACAGCUUGAACGAGAACGUCGAAUAGAAGAUUUUUACCGUGAAAGAAGCGCAACAAUUGAAAUGACAUCAAGAAACGUCGAAUUACUAAACCGUAGAAACAUUUUAACCGAAAAGCGUCACUCGACAACGGGAACUACCACCGAUUUAGACCACGAGAAUUCCCUAUCUUCAACAUCAACAUCAACAUCAACCUCAACCUCGACAUCAUCUUCGCCAUUUACGGACAAAUCUCCACCCACUACAUCCCCAAGGUUCGCAAAAAUGCACAAAAACGAGGAAGGGCAAUUGCGAUCUCGCGGCGCAGUUCCCAGAAGAUCCGGCAGCUGUUCAAGUUCCAGUUCCUCAAGAUCCUCCUUGGAACAAGGCCUCACUCACUCAAGGUCAUCUCCCGCAAAAAUUUACUCAAACAACCUCCAAAAUCGCGAGCAUCGGAAAUCGCUUCCCGAGCUGGAAAACGUAAAAGAAAGCUACCCGGCUCCACGAAGUAAAGUGUCGAGUCCCGCGCAAACAGAGAGUUCCUGGAUAAAGUUGGGUUCCAGUCAAACAGACACUCUGUUUACCAGCCGCUUACGCCGCUCGCCAUCUUCUGGCUCCAGGUCUUCCUCGCUAUCAAGCGCGUCCAAGAUAUCAAGCUCUUCCUCUUCCUUGUCACCGAGGUACUCUCCGAUCGAGGGAAAAAGCUCCUCGCCCUGCGUCUCUCCCCAGCCUGGAAUCGAGGGUCUCACUCUGAUGCAGAGGACAGAAGUCAUUCUUCGCGUCAAUACCACGACGAUGGACGUCGCUUCUCAAACGGAAGCUUUGGAUGAAGAGGAACCCGCGAAAGAGGUCACAGAAAAUACGCUUAUUGCCGAACCAAGAAGAAAACUGCCAGAAGAAAUUGAGUGCGAAAAACUGAGCCGCGAUUUAGCCAGUCAGUUGGGACCAAAUGAUAAACUUGUUACGAUUCUAGUGCCAGUACCGGAGCUGAAGAAGCCGACGGAUUACAUGUCGGGUCUCUUCAGGGUUGAGACAACGCUGCAGCCGCGUCCAAGACGCUUGGUGUCAAUCGAGCCAUCUUUAAUUUCCACUGCCACGGAGAACGGAUCUGAAGAUAGAAAAAACGAGAUGCCAUCGACACCAAACAACGGUACUAAUAAUACUACUUCUACUAAUAAUAAUAAUACUACCGAGCCGAGUAGUCCGGUAUCACCGACUUCAACAUAUCUGAUGACUUCCGAAGGCAAAGCCAGGUUUUUAACUCAAUACUCUCAAGAUAUUGGAGAUGUCAAGGUUACUAACGGUGAUACGCCUCCUAAUUCUGAUAGUGAUAAUUUGAAGCAAAAGAAGGAGGAACUGGUGAUGAGGCUGGACAGAAAAGUGGUGGUGCUGAAAGCCGAGCAAGAAGCUGUGAAAGAAGAGGGCGAAAUGAAUGAAACUCUAGGGGCUAAAAUUGCGUCGCGAGUUGCAGCAGUCGCUCAAUCUGCAGAGGCUUCUAAAUACAAGCUGCAUGUCGAAGAAGUUGGAAUGAUUACUAAUCUUCUUGUCGUAUUAAGUGGAAGACUUGCGAGGGCAGAAAAUGCGCUUCAUGGAAUGCCGGCUAAUCAUUCUGAGAGAAAAAUUUUGGAAGCCAAACGAGAUCAACUACUGGAACAAUUACACGAUGCAAAAGUCCUUAAAAUCAACAUCGACAAGCGCAGCGUGAAUGUAUCAGCAAUUUUAUCCAAAUAUUUAAACAAUGAGGAAUUCGCGGACUACCAGCAUUUCAUCACCAUGAAAACCAAACUAAUAAUGGACGGCCGAGAAAUUCAAGACAAAGUUAAGCUCGGCGAGGAGCAACUCGCUGCUUUGAAAGAAGCUAUUGGCUAG